AUUUCAAAUACACUUGUUCCAAUUUGAUAGCUGAGACUUUCGCCAGUGGGGGGAAUUCCAAAUAAUGGACUUCUGUUGGGUAAUCGUGCUUUGCUGGUCAUAUGAUACCGAGGGUUACAACGCUGGACAAAACAAGCAUCUAAGGAAGGUAUCAUGAAGUUGGACUUGGCUGCAGCCUCGCUUUCAUUGGCUUUACUGCUUACAUUUAUUUUUCCUAUUUGCUGUCAGCAGCCCAUCAACUGCCGAUGGGGAUCUUUUGGAGAUUGGUCUGAAUGUGAUGGCUGCACUAAGACAAAGGUGCGCACUCGAACUGUGGAGGUAUAUGCCCAAUUUGGUGGUGUGCCAUGCUCUGGACAAAUUGCAGAAUCCCAUCCCUGUGUGCCCCAAAAGGGGUGUCCUCUAGAAAUGGGUUGUGAAUCAAGAUUCCGAUGCACAUCUGGUCAGUGCAUUAGCCGGUCUCUGGUGUGCAAUGGAGAUCAGGACUGUGAAGAUGGUCUGGAUGAGAGAGGCUGUUAUGAAGAGAACAGCCACUUUGUAUGUGAUCUUGAUAAAACACCGCCCAACUCUGACUUGACUGGCAGAGGGUAUGACGUGCUGACAGGGAAGCUGAGGGGAGGCGUGAUCAAUACGCUGAGUUUUGGAGGGCAGUGCAGAAAGGUGUUCAGCGGUGACCAUAAAAUUUAUUAUCGAUUACCCCAGAACAUCCUCAGGUAUAAUUUUGAGGUGAAAGUCGACAACGAGGAAAGUGAUGAAUCUUACGAAAGUUCUUGGUCCUACAUGCAAGAUAUCCAGGUCAAGUCUUUAGUGGGACAUGACCGUCGCAGCUUUCACAAAGAGCUUACUGAAACAAUGAAUCAGAGACUUUUAAUUCUAAAGAAUAAAGUGGAGUUGGCCCAGUUCCAAAACUCAGCCCCUCAGUAUCUAACUCUGGCUGAAGAAUUCUGGAAGGCUUUAAUCUCGCUUCCAUUCACAUACAACUAUGCCGCCUACCGUCAACUGCUGCAGAAGUACGGCACACAUUAUCUCGCUGAAGGCUCUCUUGGAGGUGAAUACCAAGGCUUGUUGGAGUUAGACCGCCAAACAUUUGUCUCGUCCAGUGCAACACAUAUAGACUACAAGUACUGCUGGAGAAAGGUGAAACGAAGACUGUUCUGGAAAAAAGUCAAAAUCGUCUGUGAAAAAUUCUCCAAGUCUAUAUCAUUUGGUGAAGAAAGAGGUGUGACCAAGAUGCCCAUUAAGGUGAACACAUAUGGAGGCGAUCCAUCGUUUUCAGACAUUUUGAAAGUUCUGGAUCUUGAAAAUCCAGAAAGAAAUGGAGAGGCCUAUGAUAACUGGGCCUCCUCUGUUAAAGAUUUUCCUGACGUAAUUGACAAGAAGCUACGCCCUCUGUAUGAGCUUAUAAAGGAGGUGCAGUGUGCAGGACUAAAAAAGCUUCACCUCAAAAGAGCCAUUGAAGAAUACUUGGCAGAGGAGCACCCAUGUCACUGCCAACCCUGCCGUAACAACGGCCAGGCGUUCCUUUCUGGUUCCGAGUGUCGAUGCAUCUGUCGCCCUGGAACUUCAGGACCGGCAUGUGAACAUGGAGCUGUGAUUGGGGAACAAACAGGGGUGAUCCAUGGUGGCUGGAGCUGCUGGUCAGCCUGGAGCUCUUGUUCUGGGGGUCAAAGGGAAAGGUCUCGCAACUGCAACAACCCCAGCCCCAGCAGAGGGGGCCAGCACUGCUCCGGGGUGACUGUAGAGCAAAUGCCCUGUGAAGAUGCAGAUAUACAGUAUUUAAAGAUGAUGGAGCCGCAAUGUUUCGGCCUGUCUGUGACUCCACCAAAGACCUGUGGACCUCCUCCAAACCUCCGAAAUGGUUACAUCCAGGACACCAGCGAAUUCUAUUUGGCUGGGAACACAGUGCAGUACUCUUGCAUAGAUGGCUAUUACCUCAGUGGAAACUCUUUGGCCGAAUGUACUGAAAAUCAGACCUGGAAGACUGGAGCAAUGGUUUGUAAAAGUUCAACAUGCCACAAUCCCAAUCUCAACAAUGACGUGACGGCCACGCCUGUUAAAGUGGACUAUCGGAUUGGAGAGCGGAUAUCCUUGUCCUGUCCUAAGGGAUUGAUGCUGACUGGUGACAUUUCAGACAUCAUAUGUACUCCCAGUCUGCAAUGGUCUCCUUCUCCCUCCACAGCUCACUGUCAUGAAGGCCCCACAAUUCCGACUCCUCCCGAGGGCCUGAAGUGUAAACCUUGGGAGAAUGUCGGAAAAACUGAUUGUGUGUGUAAAAUGCCAUUCCAGUGCCCGACCUCUCUGGAGUUGUGUGCCAGAGUAAGCUCAAGCCAGCCUCGGGUGCUUGGUGUUUGCCAGGUUGGAGCACUGCAAUGUUUAGGCCGUACUUUUAUCCUGGUCAAUAAUAGCGAAUGUGACUGGCCGGAAGGGACGACCUCUGGAACAAAGUGUCAGCCUGGAAAUUGUCAAUGCCAGAAUCCGUCAGAAUGUUCAGAAGACUCACACCCCCUGUGUGUGACAUCAGACGUUGGCACUGUUGCCAUGACGAUGACCGAAUGCCAAGUGAGGUCCAAGAGGUGUUCUGGUGAGCAGCUCACUGUGAUCAGUAUUCACGCGUGUCCCUAAUAAAGUUACCUAAUUUCCCUCACAUAUGUUCUGUUCUUGCCUGUCCCAUAACAAACUGUUUGUAUGGAUUUUCCAAUAAAAAUUCAUCACAAUAUAAUGAAACCACAGAGGGAUCACAAUACAUCAGAAUAACUUGGUGCACAUAAAUAAUAAUACUUUGGCAUAAGUGGCACCAAUGACGCCACGGGUAAACUAACCCUCCCAUGUCAUUUGACCAGGGUAGAGGGGCUGAGAAAACAGCGUAAAUGGCUUGAACGCGUUUUUUUUUCCUUGUCGGUUGGUACGGGAACUCUUUUCAACUGCUGUAAUUUCAUGUUAAUUAUAAAAAUGGCAAGAGUAAAUUGUUUUGAAUAAUGACCAAACACUGGCAAUAAUAUACUUUACGAGGUGGAAACAACCAGUAUGUUUUUAUUGAGUUCAAGAAAAUUGCAACUUUUGUUAAAACGACUUAUUUAAGUCUCUACUCUACUUGUAUUAUGUCCAUGCAAAUGUGUAAUGUGACUUUUCAUGAUAUUGAAAAGGAAUAAUAGCAAACAAAAGUGAUUCUGUGGUAUAUUAUUUCAUACAGUACUCAAAAUAUAUUGCAAUGACUUGACACUG